AUGAGAUGCGGCACGAAUCAUCACGCCUUCACUUUCGACGACAGCGAUGUGGAUUCUGAGAUUCACUCAGGGCCACACUUCCAGAACCCUUCAUCGCAAGAAAUUCAAGAGACUUCAGCUAAUCCUAUCAUCGAGGAGGAUUUGCCACCAAAACUUACCUCUCCGUUCCAUAACUUCAAUGAUCCGAAAUGGAAAGUCUAUAGCAAAGAACAUUGGGACAUGCUGCCUGCAGGGAAGAUUUCGGACGAUGGCUCCAUAAGAACGGACGACGUCGUGAAACCCAAAUCUGUUACCAUCGAAUGGCCAAAGCGCAAACUUUUCCCAGCUUCCUUUACAAUGUUUGCUCAACUUCCUCCAGAAAUUCGUCGAAAGAUUUGGAAUGAUACACUGCCCGAGCCUCGAAUUCUCGUAUUGAAGCUUCGACAUGGGUCACCUACCUAUCUGCCUAUUUUCGACGAUAUAAUCGGCGAAUGGCCAUUUGCAGGAUUGCAACAUCUUUGGGCUUGUCGCGAAUCGUGGCAUGCCUUUACUGAGCGAUACCAUCAGAUUGAUACCUUCGACAAGUACCACUUGCAAUUCGAUGCUUCGUUCAUCCGUAAGACUGCCUGGAUUGAUGGACGGCGCGAUACUCUUGUCCUUGAUGCAAGUGUUCUCAUCAAGCGCUUUGACAUUGAUCUCUCAAGAAUCCAAAACUUAGCUAUCUCCAACGAAAAAGCCUUCCAUUGGUUCAAGACAUCGGUAUUUGCAUACAUUCGAAAACGUUGCCCUCUUCUCAAACGAUUUCAAAUCGUUCUUGGUCGACCAGACGAGCACAAUUGGCAAGUGUCUGCUGGUGACAGCCUCCGACUCGUUCGUGUCGAUGACGAUAUCAAGUACUGUGAGAUUGACAGCAAGGAGGAAUUGGAAGAUGACGUCCGAUUUUCACAGUACUACUCAGCUUUCGCCAGAGAAUCCGAGUUUCUCGAAUGUUUACGCACUGCAGAGGAAGUUCAUACUCGGUUCAAGAGUCAUUGUGCAGCCAACAAAGAGUGGAAGAACAUCGAGUUUCAAGUAUCACUUCUUGCAGUGGAAGAAGACAAUUGCAACAUGUGGUACGUGGAGAGUGUUGCUGUAAUGCCGAAACCUCAAAUCCUUAUCGAUGUUUCUUUCAGGGUGGAAAAGCCCAUCGUCCCGUGCCUUGACACUACUUUGGAAUUUCUCGGUAUGGAAGAUUGGGACUUCAAUGUCAAGUGUGAUCGUGGAGGUGCGAUUCACUGUCCGUAUGAUGGCAUCAAGGAAUUGUUCCAAACUGACGUUAACAAUGAUCCCAUCAGAGAUCUGACCAAAACGUCCAUAAAAGACUUCGGCAGAGAUGGCGAGGGGGAUUUUGGGGCCAUGUUUUCGGUACCAGAGGACCUAGAUUAA